GCUAGCACGGAGAUUCGAAGCAGCAGACGGACGGAGGUUGGCGCGAUCAAUUUUCUGAUUCUGGGAAGUUGUUGCUAAAGAUAAAACGAACACUUGCAGAAUGGGUACCGAGCAACAUGGCAAGAAAGUCCAAUGCGUACUUUGUCAAACGUCCGAGGAGAAUCCGACAACUGGACCGCUAUCGACAAAAGGUUCUGUCACCGCUCAUGAAAACUGCUUGCUUUAUUCAUCUGGGAUUAUUUGCCAGAACUCGCCAGAGUUUGACGACUUGUUUGGUUUCUCUGAGGAAGAUGUCCUUAAGGAGAUAAAAAGGGGAAACAGACUGAUUUGCUACAGAUGUAAGAAGAAGGGUGCCACGGUGGGAUGUGAGGUGAAACGCUGUAAGAAGUCCUACCACUACCCCUGCGCUGUGCGAGACGGGGCCCAAAACGUUGAUGACCAUAGAGAAGAGAAGUUUACGUUGUACUGUCAGAAGCAUCAUCCGGAGAUGGCAGCAACCAAUGGAACAGUGAGUAGAGCAUUGUCUUUCAACGGGGAUUCAAACACAGAGGUGAACAACAAUGGAGAAACGUCACCCAAGCUGUUUUGUCUCGUCUGUGAGAAGAAAGAGGAAACCGUCAGUCUAGAACACAUCGAUAGUGGCAUUGUCAAGCCAUAUUGUGAAAAGCAUGAACUACAGUCGUUGCAGAAAGAGCUGGAUGGACUUGAUGCAGUGGCAGGACCCUCAUCUCACAAUAGUGACUCCAACAUGUCUAGUAAACGACGGCAGAAACAAACACCCAAGAGACGGUUGAGCUCCUCUAGCACGCCAUAUUGUGAAAAGCAUGAACUACAGUCGUUGCAGAAAGAGCUGGAUGGACUUGAUGCAGUGGCAGGACCCUCAGCUCACAAUAGUGACUCCAACAUGUCUAGUAAACGACGGCAGAAACAAACACCCAAGAGACGGUUGAGCCCAUCUAGCACACAGGAAGUGAAAUCAUCAAAAAAGAGGAUACAGGAGGAUUUCUCAGACUCAGACGGAGAUGAGAAUGGAAUUGACAUGGAGUUAGCCCCUUUGGAGUCUGAUCUAGAAGACAGUGUCAACUCUGAACACAGAAAUCAUGCUGAGGCUCCCACCACAGGAAGUCAGCCAGAACCUGAAAACGGAGACAAUAGCGAUAGCGAUACAGUCAUAGACUCAGACGCUGUGUCCCAGAGUCUGUUGCUGUCAGUGGCGUCUGAAGAACCCUCUCAGGGCACAAACCUCUCAGUGUGCAGUUCUGAGCCGUGUGAACCAGGACAAGCCGCAGAACCUGUCCUCUCUGGUCGACACGGCAGCUCUCUCACACUUGGUCCUGCUCACGAUCCAAUCUCAUCCGUCCACUCUGGUCCACUCAUUGUCACCAGCACACCUACUCGUACCAGUCCACCAGUCUCACACGUCCCCCCUGGUUGCUGUUUCAUCCCUGUGUCCUCUCCACCUUCUCCCUCUCCACACUCUGUCUCUAAACGUCCUCCGGCUGGGCCUGGAGGCCUGGGUUCACCUGUUGGUUCUGACUCUGAAGCCAGCAGAGUGUUCUGGAGUAGGUGUAACGAAGCAGGCUGUACAGAGUCCAUCUUCAACACCUUCAUCUCUGACAUGGUCAGCAUCUCCAAUAGGAUCCUGUCGAAUAAGGCCAGUCAGGAGGAUUUUGAUCUCUCUCUGAGAGUGAUGGAGGCUUCUGGAAAAUUAUCACAGAUGCUCUCAGAGCAGGAGAGAGAGUUUGAGAAGAAGCUAAAUAAGCUAGAGAGAGCUACAGCAGCCAUAAGGGAUGCCAGGUCAGCCCUGAAGCGAUAAGGAGCACUGCCAGAUAAAUGACAACCAUAAUCCACCUUCCCUCAUUCAGUUCAUUGGCAUCACAAGAUUUUAUAGGGUGCUUUAUGCAGCAAUAUAUUGAGAAUUUGAUUUCUCAAUAGUUUUUGAAGAACGCGUUGUUCCACUUUCUUACCUUGUCAAUAUCAUAAUCCCCACCCAAAAGUACUUUUAUAUUGUAUGUUCAACCUCUGAGACCGGGAACCAAUUGUGAAACAAGAAGAGGCUGCCAUUUUGCUUGCCAGUAGCAAAAGGACGUUUUACCUUUAAACAAUUUAUAAAUGUUUAUAUAAAUAUAUAUAUACAGUGAGGGGAAAAAAGUAUUUGAUCCCCUGCUGAUUUUGUAUG